AUGUCGGAGACCUUCCAUGGCGCGGCGGGCUGUCGCGACGUGUUUGAUGCACUGUCCUCUGCGACGAUCGAGUGGCUGAUUACGAACGAAGCGGAAGAAUCGAGGCAGACUAGAGUCGAGUUUGAGAGGCAGCAAUUACAGCCUUCUACGACGGCUUUCGUGGACGAUCCAAACGCAAGAGUUAUGUCGAAUAUGCUGUCAACGGACAAUUUUGCAUUUGGUGAGAUGCUUAAUUCGGCGGCUCAAUGGCCAGGUGCUGGAGGCAUGGGAUAUUUUGAAAUGGCUCAGGAUCAGGAUCAGUACAUGACGGGUCUUGGAACUAAUCUCGACCCGUUUCUGUAUUGA